GGCGUGCACACUCGUACCUACGCACGUAGCCAACUGCCUAGCCUGCUGCUCGCUGUGCGCGGACGCGUACGCUUGUGUUUUCAUCCGGAGGACGACGCGAUACACCACCACCACCAGCGCCAGCGCAGUUCCUUGUGCGUUCGUGUUUUUUGACAGAUGGCCACCAGUCGACUGCGUGCCGCUGCCCGCACUGUGCUACGUGAUCGUGCGCACGCUCCAGCAGUCAAGAGUGUGUUGUCGCGAUUUAAGAUUGAAAGAUUUUGCCUGCACCGAACCGGGUGCCGCAGCCGGAUGUAAACGAAAGGACGGACGGACGGACAGGUAGCGCAACAAAACAACAAAAUCACGGACUGGAGCGCUGGAGAGGAACCGUAAAGCCACCCUGUUGUCCCUUCUUGUUGUUCUUUCUCGGUUCCCGCGGCUGUGUCUCGGCGGCGGUGGCGCCCAGGACCAGGACAUAUCACAAACAGCGGGAUCAGCGGCCAUGACGAUGCCAACAACGGUGGUGACGGUGGUGGUGGUGCUGGUGGUGGCCACAGUUACGAUCGGCCUACUGCCGCCGGUCGGUGCUGAGCUGUUCACGGCGCUGGCCGACAUGGAGGAGCUGCUCGAGACCGAGGCCGUGCUGAUUGCCAAUCUAGACAAUUACGUGCAGGCACAGGAGGAGAAGCUGCUGCAGCUGCGCCGCAAGGUGCAGGAGUACCGGCGGGAGCACACGGAGGCGGCGCGCGACGUCAGCGCCUACCUCUCGAACCCGGUGAACGCGUUCCUGCUGACCAAGCGGCUAACGACCGACUGGCGCUACGUGGAGCACCUGAUGACGUACGAGGUGGGGAAGGAGUUCCUCGAGAACGUGACCAGCUACCGGAGCGUGCUCAAGUUCCCGUCCGACGAGGACCUGAACGGGGCGGCCGUGGCGUUGAUGCGCCUCCAGGACACGUACAACCUCGACACGGCCAGCGUGGCCCGCGGCAUGCUGGACGGCGUCCAGUACAGCACGGAACUGUCCGCCGGUGACUGUUUCGAGCUCGGGCGCCAGAGCUACCUCAACGGUGACCACUACCACACGGUACUGUGGAUGCGCGAGGCAAUGGACCGGCUAACGCACGAGGUCAACCGGACGGCCAUGAAGGAGGACGUGCUGGAGUAUCUGGCGUUCUCCACCUUCAAGCAGGGCAACAUUCAGACAGCCCUGUCGAUGACGGAGGAACUGCUGGAGCUGGUACCGGAUCACGAGCGGGCCGUCAGCAACAAGGCGUACUACGUGAAGGAGCUGCUGAAGGAGUCGCACCAGAAGAUACUGCGUGGCGAUGAUGGCAGCGAGGAGGUGCCCGUAGACACCAGUACGAAGAUCCACAAAGGGGAGGCGUCACCGCACGUGUACGAUAAGACGGAGCGGAAACUGUACGAGCAGCUGUGCCGGGGCGAACAGGAGCCACCGAUCGAGCUGCGGUCCCAGCUCGUCUGCCGCUACGUCACACACAAGCACCGGUCGCCGUUUCUCCGGUUGGCGCCACUCAAGCUGGAGGAAGCGUACCGGCAGCCGGACAUCGUCCUCUACCACGACGUGAUGUCGGACCGGGAGAUCGAGCUGAUCAAACACUACGCCCGGCCCCGCUUCCGGCGCGCCACCGUACAGAACUACAAGACGGGCGAGCUCGAGUUUGCCAACUAUCGCAUCAGCAAGUCCGCCUGGCUGAAGGACACCGAGGACGAGGUGAUCCGCACCGUUAGCCAGCGCGUCGAGGACAUGACCGGGUUGACGAUGGCGACGGCCGAGGAGCUACAGGUCGUCAACUACGGCAUCGGUGGGCACUACGAGCCACACUUUGACUUUGCGCGCCGCGAGGAGCGCAACGCGUUCAAAAGCCUCGGCACUGGCAACCGGAUUGCGACCGUGCUCUUCUACAUGAGUGACGUGACGCAGGGCGGUGCAACCGUUUUCCCUUCCCUGAACCUGGCGCUGCGGCCACGCAAGGGUACGGCCGCCUUCUGGCACAACCUGCACCCGUCCGGCAAUGGGGACUAUGCGACGCGCCAUGCCGCCUGCCCGGUCCUCACCGGCACCAAAUGGGUUUCCAACAAAUGGAUCCACGAGCGGGGCCAGGAGUUCCGGCGACCGUGCGGCCUGCAGCCGGACCAGCCGGAAGAGCUGUUCUGAUAGUAUACCAUAACCAUGACAUGAGCUUUCCGUUCAUUUGAACCGUUUUGAGCUUUAACGUUUGCCACGUUGCCCGGACGGGGCGAGGACGUGUACGUGUACUACACCUUGCAGUGAGUCCCACUGUAGGGCGCCAUAUUGCGAUCUGCCAAUUCGUAAACGUUGCCAUUUCUCACCGGGAGCGAUAUAUUUCGUAUUGAUUAAUCAUUUUUAACCCUAGAUUUACUAUUAUUUUUUUUAUUAUUGUACUGCCUAGACCUACUAGCAAAACUGCGAAUGAAUGUGAAUCCCGGGCGACCGGGCGACAGUGACGGAGCCAAAUUUUCGAUUAACCCCCCCCCCCCCCCCCUCUUAUUUAAUGUGUUGUAACGCUCGGGCCGACCCAUAGCUUAGUGAAAAGCGUCGAGGGGCUGCGUCUAACUUAAUCGAACGAUCAUCGAACAAAUCGAAUCACUCUGCUGCCCGGCAAAAAAAAAUGAAAAAAAAACAUCCUAGUGAAUCGCUGUCAUCGCUCACUGCAUUGGCGUACUGCAACUGCAAACACAGCUGCGGUGCUGGGUGUUUAGCGUUUAGGGCAGAGGCGUGAUAUCGUGAGCUUAAAACGCGCAAAGUACUACUACCAAAGCCAGCGUGAUGGUUCCGGUGUCCCAUAGAAUGAUUGUGUUUUCAAUUCCCUUUCUCUCUCUCUCGCGCUCUCUGUUGGUGUUUCCCUUUACUUUACCUGUUAUGAUUGUGAAUCGGUGACGCGCCUGUUGCCGAAUGGCUGAAGCAAUCCACGCGGGUCGAGGGAGCGGAUUGUCCAACGUUGUCAAAGCCAGAGCUCUGGUUGCGCCUCACGCGUCGCGUUGGCAUACUCAUUUAGCUAAGCGCAAAACACCGAACUGGUUAGUGGUAAUUUAGGCAUUUAACAAACAGUCAAACAAAAAAAAGAAACGAACACUUAUUAAUGUAAAAAUACCAAAAAUUAAACAACAAAAAAAAAACAAGCGGACGUUGUGCUUUCGGCGGACGGACAGCUUGCCCUGUGCUUAGUGUACCGAGAGAGCGUGAAAAUAAAAUUCCGGUUUUUUGUAUGUAAAAUCGCAACUGGCUCCACACGAUGCACGAUGAAAAAAAUAGGACAAGAAAACGAAAGAAAAGAAAGCAAAGAGAGCGCCGCAAACACUGCGGCUGCGACUUCCGACUACAGAGUUGCACAAAAGGGGGCGUUCUUUUAUUCAGUGUAAAAGGGGGGGGGGAUCUGUGUAGGUUCGACUAAACACACGGUGGUGGUGUGGUUGGUUUUUUUUCUUUUUGUAAUUUUUUUUUUUUUGGAGACGCCUUGUGGUCGGAGUCGGUCGGCUCCAGCUACACUUAACUCUUGCUUAUGCACUUGCUUCCUCUUCGCCUUCGCUUAAAUGCUGAGUUACGGGGUUACCUCGCACGACUCACGGACGACAAGUGUCACUAAAGGAGGCUAAAGAAGACAACAUUGUACUGAUAGACGAUACAACGCACUCACAUACACACGCACACACCGUCAGUGAUCUGUAAGCAAACGGUAUUGGCAGGAGAGGGGUUUUCACACGUUCCCAUUACAUUAACACUGUUAGAAUGAUUCAUAUAAUUAUGCGUUUUUGUCUGGCUUCUAUUUUGUUUUACUUCCAGCUUCCUUCCACACUCUUUCUUUCUUUCUUUCUCUCUCUCUCUCUCUCUCUCUCUCUCUCUCUCUCUCUCCAUCUCUCUUUCUGCAUUUUGAUUCCGGUUGCAACAGUUCGUAAUUAGCUAUUUUGUAUAUCAUCAUCAUUAUCAUCAUCAACAUCAUCAACAUCAUAUCAUCGUCAUCAGCAUCGUCUUCUCGUAAGAUAGGAAAUCGUCAUCGUGACACUAAUUCAAUUCACAAUCAACGAACCGUUUAUCGGCAACGAAGUUAUUUAUCGGCUUCCGCGCAUUCCACAUCUUAGUGCACAUCGCUCCCUGCUUUCCUUUUCCGCCCUUAAUCGUGGCACAUGGAAAACAUACAACAUCGGUGUCGGUGCGUUUUUUAAUGCAUGGAUUGCAUUUUAGAAUGUAUAUGUAUAUAAUAUAUAUAUAUAAUUGUGUGUAUAUAAGAAUGUAUACGGAUCUAAGAAUGAUUGGUUGCAUCACCACCGGACCGGUCCACCGACCCACGGCAAGACUCUCUCCCCUCCCCCACUCCUUCCCACUUGCUAUCACUUUCCCAGAGGCCUAGAGGCAACGGAUUUUAACGUAAGAAACACAUGUUUCAGGGGGGGAUGUUGAGCCUGCUACCACAAAAAAAAGGGCAGGUCACGAGUACGGGUACGAUAGGGUCAGGGGCUGCGGCCAGUUUUCGCACAGCUCGCAUUGGUUUUUUUUUGUUGUGUUUGUUUGUCGCUUCGCCUGCUUGGCACCUAAUUUUAAUAUAAAUGUUUUGCUUUGAUUCAUUUCCCCCCCCCCCCCACUUUUUUUUUGUUUUGGCACCAUGAUGACGAUCGGGUAUCGGUCUCUUCCAAAAAACCACGUCUGACGUCUGAAAAGAAAGCGGGAGGUGGGGAGGGGGGCGUGGGCUAGUGUAAAUAGAGAUUCAAUAGAGAGCAAUCGUGGUUGUCUUCCGCGUAAUAAACACUCGCUCUCUUCUUCUUCUUUUCUCUCUCUCUCUCUCUCUCUCUCUCUCUCGCGCGCGCUCCCUCUUUGUUGAUUCUGAUAAAGUGCGCUCAAUUGAAAUUGUGGUUUGCUCGACAAUGGCAUCAGGGCGACAAUCGGCAAUCAACAGAGGAGCACACAGCAAGCAAUACCACUGCUUCCUUCCCCUUCCCCUCCCCCUCGCACCACCCCACGAUCUGUCGAAGGGUGGCUAAAGAUUGCUGCCGUGCGAGCUUAAGUCGAGUUGGUUGUGUUGAUGGAAGGAAAUGGAAUCAGUCUCGAGGGGUUGAUGAUUGUUCCUUUGCACAAAACAUUCCUCUUUUCUCUCUUCCCUCUCUCUCUCUCUCUCUCUCUCUCUCUCUCUCUCUCUACCCUCCUCCCUCACCCCUCCCUUUGUGCUCAUCCUGCUUUUGCACGCCUUUAAAAUACACACUCCAGAAAACAGAAGAACUUGGAAUGAAGAUGAUCAAGAUGAGUUGCCUCCCAGCCCUGCCUGACUUUCUUCACUUUCUUUCCCAACUUUGCUGCUACUUUCCCGGCGUAUUUGGUCCCCCACCCACCACCCAGCCCGUUUGGCUUCGUUCCAACCAGCGGCUCGAGAAUUUCAUUCCAUUUUGUAUUUUUCCGCCAGCAGCCAAAUUCCCUCCACUCUUUCCUUCCAGUUGAAUCCAGUUGGUUUGAUGUCCGGUGUGGUGCGGUAUGUGCCAAGAGAGUGUGGGAGUGUAUGGGAGUGGUCACAUUAAAAGAGAGAGAGAAAGAGGGAGAGAGAGAGGGCGAAAGACAAUCUAUUCUAUUCUGUUCUACGGAUGCUCUUCAAUCACGCCUCGCCGGUGCUACUAAAGGGCAGUUCGGGCAACAAAAAGGACACACGACGGGGUCCGGUUUUACCUGCCAGCGUUUCUACCAUGUGCUCCCCCUCAAUCCCCCUCUCUCUCUCUCUCUCUCUCUCGCACUCUCGCGCUCUCUCUAGAGACCGGUGACCGGUCGAUCGAUUGUGUUUAGCUGGGAGUUUGCAGGAGGAUCUUUGCGCCCGCAUGUGUGCGUGUGUAUGUGUGUGCGCUCACAGCACCGGGGAAGGGUUCACAUAUUCGCAUAUUAUCCACUACACAGCUUGAGUUUCAAAAAGUGGUUACAAUUGCUAUGCACAGAGAGCGCAGAAAGUGUUUUGUUUUGAGGGCUUUUCAACUGGCCCCCCGUCUAACAGGUUUCAGAGUUUCUAAUGUCACCAUGUUGUGUGUGUUUGUAUGUGUGUACAUACUAUUAAUCAGAGAAUCGUACUGUGAAAUGUAUAUGUAUCUAUGUAUAUCUAUAUAUGUAUAUAAUUCUUAACAAAAAUAUCUUCUUCUUUAUGCUAUCAGCUUCCGCAGCUACCACAGCCUAGUAUGCCUGGCAAUAACUGCUUCAGCUGUUGCACUACAAAAUAGAGAGCAUCGAACCCACAUCCGAGCACUAUAGGGAUCCCUCACACUAUUCCUAUCUCUCUCUCUCUCUCGCUGUUGCUCCCUUCUAUCGCCUUCUUCCCAAAAACCCCAUCCCCAAUCGCCGCGAGAAGGAGCGCGCGCGCGCGUGCACCCUCGUCCGUGUGUAUGUGUUCGAGUGGCCGAGUGGUAUUGCCCGCGGUUUUAUGGGCCGCGCCACGUUUCGUAUGGAAAUCAUUACUCUUGUCGUAUGUUAUUCUGUCGUCUUACAUCAUUGAACUUGAUGGAUUGCAGCGCGCAUGCAGCGCAGAUGUUCUCCAGCACGAUGUUCGCUCUUGUUUGCUGUUGCUGCUUCCGUUCUCUUUCGCCCGAGUCGUCGUUCUCGUCAUCGUUUGGCAUCGUUUUAUGAAUGGCUUUUUUUUUCUUCUUCUUUCUUUUCCGUUUUUCCUCGGCAAUUUUCGCGCGUUCUGUGUGUUUUUUUUUGUUUGCGUUAUUGUUUGGAUUGAAAGGUUUCUCUCGUUUUUGUUGUUGUUGUUAAUUGUUGGCAUCAUUGCAAAAAGGGUGAUUUAAUUUAAGGUGCAAUGUCGAGUCCAUGACGUUUACGAUUGGUACCAUGUCGGUAAUAUACCCUGUGUGGGCCCUUAGAGGGGGGGGGGGGGGGGGGGGGGAGGAAGAGAA